AAAGCUGACCGAAGAUGGGCCCUUAUCCAGGCAUAAGCAUAUCAAAGCAUGAUAUGCAGCGCAAAUAAGAAAAUAGAUGUCAUGUAAUGUGGUUGAUUGUUAGAAUUAAGUGCAAAAAAUGUUGGCAUGUGCAUGAUAAAGAAAUGAGUUCCGGCAAAAAAGUGCUAUACAGGCAACAUAUACCAGGUUCAGACGUACUGCAAUACGAUUUACAGUAAAAAUUAAGGCAAUUACACGAGAAAACAGAACCAUCAAAGCAUAAUUUCCUGGUCAGUGAUCAUAAGUCAGAACGACAGACGGUGACUUAGAUUCGUUGCAGUUUAUUCAGAAAAAUCUGAUCAGUAGAAAGGACUAACACUGAUGUUAUUCUCUACAUGAGUUAGUGGGAGUAUAAACUUAAAGCUUCUUUAUGCAAAGAUAUGCACAACUCUUUCCAUCUCUCUUGGUACUACUGCACAAACCUGCUUUUUCAUCGUCAAGGCUUGUUACCACUGCACCCAAUGAUCCCCUGAAUCAUCACACUUAUAUACUUCUUCACUUCCUCACCUCCUUCCCUGCAACAACCAAGUUAACUAUCUCCCAUCCCCUACAUAACUUCACUCUUUCUAUCCCUCCUCCUCUGUGUCUCUUUCUGCCUAUUCUUGCAAAUGGCUUAUCAUUAUUCUAUUUUCUUCAUUUUUGUCUUACUUUUUUCUUUGUCCCUUUCUUCUGAAGGGAUCAAUUUUAACCAGUCGGAGUUUUUCAGUCUCAUGAAAACUUCUCUAUCAGGAAAUGUUUUGUCAGAGUGGGAUGUUACAAGAGGGAAACCUUACUGCAAUUUUCCCGGGGUUAGCUGCAACAAUGAAGGGUAUGUUGAAAAGAUUGACAUAUCAGGGUGGUUACUCUCAGGUCGCUUUCCAGCUGAUAUAUGCUCUUACUUGCCUGAGUUACGUGUCCUCCGUAUUGGUCACAACCAUCUACAUGGAGACCUCCUAGACAGCAUCAUCAACUGCACUCUCUUAGAAGAGCUCAAUAUGAGUUCCUUGUACCUCGGUGGAUCUCUUCCAGAUUUCUCACCGUUGAAAUCGUUACGGAUACUUGACAUGUCAUACAAUAUUUUCACAGGCAAGUUCCCCCUGUCAGUCACUAAUCUUACCAACCUUGAGGUGCUUAACUUCAAUGAGAUUCCCGAAUUCAGUGCAUGGAAACUUACAGAUGAUAUUUCCAUGCUGAUAAAGCUCAAAUAUUUGAUCUUGGCAACAUGCAACGUUCAUGGUCAGAUCCCAGCAUCAAUAGGAAACAUGACAUCCCUUGUUGAUCUUGAAUUGAGUGGCAACUUUCUCACAGGUCAGAUUCCAGCUGAGCUUGGAUUGUUGAAGAACUUGCAACAGCUAGAGCUAUACUACAACUACGAACUUUCUGGCAGUAUACCAGAGGAACUGGGAAAUCUAACAGAGCUCAUAGACUUGGACAUCUCUGUCAAUAAAUUGAUGGGAAAGAUUCCAGAAUCUAUAUGCCGUCUUCCCAAGCUCCAAGUUCUGCAGCUUUACAACAACAGUCUCACAGGAGAACUCCCAAGUGUAAUUGCAAACUCCAAGACCUUGCGCAUAUUGUCACUUUACGACAACUUCCUGACAGGACAUGUUCCACAAGACCUGGGCCAGUCAUCAGGUAUGAUUGUUAUAGACUUGUCGGAGAACCAACUAUCAGGUCCACUGCCAGUAGAUGUUUGCCGGGGAGGUAAAUUGCAAUACUUUCUUGUCCUGGAUAAUAUGUUUUCUGGAGAGAUACCUGAUAGUUAUGAAAAUUGCAACACUCUUCUGCGGUUUCGAGUUAGUCAUAACCACUUGGAGGGCCCGAUACCAGAAGGACUUUUCAGUCUUCCUCAUGUUUCAAUCAUUGAUUUGAGUUACAAUAACUUGAGUGGUCCGAUUGCCAAAAAAAUUGGAAAUGCUAGAAACCUAUCAGAACUGUUUAUGCAGAGUAACCAUAUCUCAGGUGUUCUACCUCCUGAAAUCUCUCAAGCCAUUAAUCUGGUGAAGAUUGAUCUCAGCAAUAACCUCCUGUCUGGUCCCAUACCAUCUCAAAUUAGAAGUCUAAACAAGCUCAAUCUACUGCUGUUGCAAAGCAACAAGCUCAAUUCUUCAAUCCCUGAAUCACUUGCCUUCUUAAAAUCUCUCAAUGUUCUUGAUCUUUCGAACAACCUCUUGACUGGGAGUAUCCCAGAAAGUCUAUGUGAGUUGUUACCCAACUCUAUCAACUUCUCAAACAACAGGCUUUCUGGUCCAAUACCUCUAUCGUUGAUAAAAGGAGGCUUAGUAGAAAGUUUCUCAGGGAACCCAGGUCUCUGUAUGUCAGUUUCUGUCAAUUCAUCAGAACAUAAUUUCCCCAUAUGUUCGGUAAAGUAUAACCGAAAGAAACUGAAUUCUAUAUGGGCUGUUGGAAUUUCAGCAGUUCUCAUCAUCGUCGGAACUGCACUUUUCAUAAAACGCCAAUGCAGAAAUGAAAGAGCUGUGAUGGAGCACGAUGAGACCUUAUCUUCGUCAUUCUUUUCAUUUGAUGUAAAGAGCUUUCAUCGAAUAAGUUUUAACCAACAGGAGAUCCUUGAAGCCAUGGUUGAUAAGAAUAUAGUGGGUCAUGGAGGAUCUGGGACUGUGUACAAAAUUGAAUUGAAAAGUGGUGAGGUUGUUGCAGUCAAGCGGCUGUGGAGUCAGAAAACAAAACAUUCAGCUCCAGAUGAUCGACUAAUUUUAGACAAGGAGUUGAACACUGAAGUUGAGACUCUAGGAAGUAUACGACACAAAAACAUUGUUAAGUUAUACUGCUACUUCUCAAGCUUGGAUUGCAGCUUGUUAGUUUAUGAGUACAUGCCAAAUGGAAACCUUUGGGAUGCCCUGCACAAAGGGAGGAUCCUUUUGGAUUGGCCAAUCCGUCAUCAAAUAGCACUUGGUGUCGCACAGGGCUUAGCAUAUCUCCACCAUGAUUUGCUGCCACAGAUUAUUCACAGAGACAUCAAGUCAUCCAACAUUCUGUUAGAUGUCAAUUAUCAGGCAAAGGUUGCAGACUUUGGCAUUGCCAAGGUUUUGCAAGCUAGAGGAGGGAAAGAUUCUACCACAACUGUUAUUGCAGGAACCUACAGUUACUUGGCUCCAGAAUAUGCAUAUUCGUGCAAAGCAACAACCAAAUGUGAUGUCUACAGUUUUGGAGUUGUAUUGAUGGAACUGAUAACUGGAAAGAAGCCAGUAGAAGAAGAGUAUGGAGAAAACAAGAAUAUUGUAUAUUGGGUUUCGACAAAAGUAGACACCAAGGAAGGAGUUAUGGAGGUAUUGGAUAAGCGAUUAUCAGGGUCAUUCAGGGACAAGAUGAUACAGGUACUACGGAUUGCCAUCCGCUGCGCCAGCAAGACUCCAUCAUAUCGCCCGACCAUGAAUGAGGUGGUUCAAUUGCUGAAAGAGGCAGACCCAUACAGAUUUGAUUCUACCAAGUCAUCAAAUAAGACCAUAGAGAUGCCAAAUGUCACAACGAUAAAGAACCAAUUUGAAUUGUGAUGGACAUAGGUGCCUGGUGGGUUGUAGUUGAGGUAGUGUAGCAUCUAUAGAACAAUAAUGUCUCUCAAACUAUUAAGAGACAUAUCAUAAAGAGCAACUAACUCCUCCUUUCUUUUGUUAUUAUGUUUAUAUUAAAAGCUGUAGCUCUCACUUAUUUUCUUCUCUUACUUUUCAUAGAUACAUAAGUACAUAAUGUAUAAAUUGGCUCUCGUAGAUUUGAGUAA